GAGGCUGUGGCAGUAGGAGAAGGUUGGGGAAGGGAUAGUAAGAGUAGGUGGCUUUGACAGUAUGGGAAUUAGGCUAAGGCAGUAGGUGAGGAGCAGGAGGUUGUGGCAAUGUAAGAGAGGAGAAGUCUGGAGUCCUAGGAAAAGGAGGCUGGGGCAUUAGGAAAAGAGGAGGCUGGACAGUGAAAGAGCAGAAGAGGUGGCUGAGGAAAUAUGAGGACGUAUAGGAGAGGAGUAGGAAUCCUGGGCAGUAGAGAAACAAGAAGGCUGAGGCAGAGGGAGAAGAAGGAUAGGGCUGUAUGGAAAGAGAGGAAUGAGAGGCUGGGACAGAGAGUGAAGUAUAUGGUUGGGGCAGUGCUGGAAGCAGCAGGAGGCUAGGGCAGUGGGGAAAGAAAGGAACUAGUGGAGGCUGGGCAAUAAAAGAAGGAGGUGGAAGAGGCUGGGCAGUAGGAGAAGGAGAAAAGCCAGGGGCAAUAGGAAAAGGAGAGAAGGCUUGGACAGAGGAAUGAAAGAAAGCUGGGCAAUAAAUGAAGAAGGGAAAUGAGAGAAGGCUGGGGCAAUGGAAGAGAGGAGUAGGAGGAGUCUGGGGGACAAGAGAGAGAAAGUGGCAGGCUGAGCAUAUUGACAGCUCCCCCUCCUUCCUCUCAUUAUGAGCGCAGAGCAAAGUCGCGUCUCUCAGUGACAAGCAGCAAGUUGUGUGAUACAGAGAGUCUGCUCUGCCCUGAGCUGCCGGUGCAUCUUCCCCCUGACCCCACCGACCCCCCAUGCGCUGCUGCAGCCUCAUCCUUAGAGGCACAAGGUUCCUGACUGACAGCUCAGCCAACAGCUUCCUCCUCAUCCUCCUCCUCAUUACACAGAUAUUCCCUUGUACAAGCCAGGAACUGAUGGUCUGUGGCAUGGGUGCUUGUAGCAGGAAAGCCUUGACUCUGCUCAGCAGUGUGUUUGCUGUGUGUGGGCUGGGGCUUCUGGGAAUCGCUGUCAGCACUGACUACUGGCUGUACCUGGAGGAAGGGAUCAUCUUACUGCAGAACCAGACCACUGAGAUCAAAAUGUCCCUUCAUUCUGGCCUGUGGCGGGUCUGUUUUUUAGCAGGGGAAGAGCAGGGUCGCUGCUUUACCAUCGAGUAUGUCAUGCCCAUGAAUGUCCAGAUGACUUCUGAAUCCACAGUCAGUGUUCUAAAAAUGAUUCGUUCUGCAACACCAUUCCCUUUGGUUAGCCUCUUCUUUAUGUUCAUUGGAUUCAUCCUCAACAAUGUGGGUCACAUCAGACCUCACAGAACAAUUCUGGCCUUUGUUUCCGGAAUUUUCUUCAUUCUCUCUGGUCUGUCUCUAGUAGUGGGCUUAGUACUCUACAUAUCCAGUAUCAACGAUGAGAUCUUGAAUCGAACGAAAGAUUCUGAGACGUAUUUCAGCUACAAGUACGGCUGGUCCUUUGCCUUUGCAGCCAUAUCAUUUCUCCUAACAGAGAGCGCUGGAGUCAUGUCCGUCUACCUGUUCAUGAAGAGAUACACGGCAGAAGAUGCCUACAGGCCCCACCCAGGUUUUUAUCGCCCGCGGCUCAGCAAUUGCUCUGAUUAUUCUGGUCAGUUCCUGCACCCAGAGGCCUGGGUGAGAGGUCGGAGUCCCUCAGAUAUCUCCAGCGAGGCAUCUCUCCAGAUGAACUCCAACUACCCGGCCCUGCUCAAAUGCCCUGACUAUGACCAAAUGUCCUCAUCUCCAUGCUGAACACAUAGCGUUCUUGGCAGCUGCAAAGAUUUAUUGGUGUUCUUCAGGGAAAACCUGCGGGUGCUCUUCCACACUGGGAUGAUUGCCCGACCCCUGUUAUUGUGUUUAACCUUAUAUCUGAGAUAUGAUUGACAUCAGCACCAGGAUGAGAUGUAUGGCCACUCGUGACAAGGGCAGUUCAUUAAUUCCACAGUAGAACAGAAAAAGCAGUGGUGUUCACAACCAUUGCUUGGUUACGUCUGGCCAUUAUAGUAUGGAUUCCCUGUGACAUGUCAGUGCUUAACUUAUCAGAAAUUAUGUUCUGACCACAGCAUCUUCAGGUAUACAUAAGGACAUAUAGUCAAAUACAAGAGUCCUCUGCACUCAACCCAUUAUCAAUAUAUUUAAGACAGCGACAUUUUGU